AUGAGAGGUUACUCCUGGGGCCUCAACAGCAAAAUCAUGAAAAUAUUACUCAAAACUGUAAUCAACAAAAUCAUCACCUAUGCAGCAGCAAUAUGGGCAUUUCCAAUGACAGAGCGCAAAAGAAGAUUAUUAAAUUCAAUUCAGCGACCAUUCUACUCAAACAUAACAAGAGCAUAUGUCACAACUUCAACAAACGCCCUGCAAACACUCGCCGGAGUUAUUCCCCUACCAAUAAAAACUCAAGUAGAAGCAAUCUCGACAAAAGUAUUACAGCUAAGAAAACCAACAAAAUUCGCAGAUACCAUUUUCCACCCUGAUGAAUAUAAAGAAAAACCCCAAAAAUACCAGACACAUCCACCUAACACCAAUAUAACAGCUUUCACAGAUGGAUCCAAAAUUGACAAUAAAGUGGGCUGUGCAGCAACAAUCUGCAUCAACACCAGUACACCUCAAUCAGCACCAGCAUCAGUUCACUCGGAAUGGCAGGGGCACCUGAGAUCAAAUAACAGUGUCUACCAGGCCGAAUUAACCGCUAUUCGCCUCGCCAUCAACCACCUGCUACGAGACCCAACAGACACCAUUCAUAUCGUGACAGACAGUCAGUCAUCUAUACAAGCUAUUCAAAGCUUCUACACCAACUCACCAAUAGCACAGGACAUCCAGAAGACCAUAAGGACAAGUAAUAAGCAGUUCAUUCUCUCAUGGACCAGAGGCCAUAAUAAUUGCGAAGGCAAUGAGAGGGCGGACUUCCUUGCAAAACAGGCAGCACUUCAAGUCGGUGACGGUAUAAACAUCCCCUGGCCACAAUCGGCAUUAAAAUCAAAGCUCAAACAACUUGCAACUGAGACAUGGCAGCAAGACUGGGAAAAUGGUACAACAGGACGACGUACCUGCAGCUUUAUACCGAAGAUAGACGAUACACGCACAGUAUCCAACUAUUUCUUGACACAAUAUAUCUCAGGUCACGGCCCUUUCCCUACAUAUUUCUUGGAAAGAAAUUUUACUUCUACUGAUUUGUGCGUAUGUGGGGAAAAAAGCGACCCUGACCAUUAUGUCUUUCAUUGCCCACUAACCGCCAACCUACACGUCAAACACCCUACUCAAGUGGGAAUGGAAUUUAAAAGAUUCCUAAUCAACCAUCAACACACCUACAAAAACAUUAAACUAAUCAUAGACAAGCUACAACAACAAGGUAGAGAACUAUGCCACUCAUAA